GGUGCGCGCUUGGGCUGCCGCUGCGCAGGACGCGGAGAACAAGCGAUCGCGCAGGAGGAUCAGCCAUGACCACAUCCAGUUCUCUCCUGUGGGCAGUCGAUAUCUUUGGCAGAGUCUACACACUUUCUCCCACAGGCCAGCACUGGGAGCUUUGUAAGGACGGGGUGCUAGAGUUCAAGCGGGUUUCUGCCGUCAAACAGUGCUGCUGGGGUCUUGCAUGCGAUCAUCAAGUUUAUGUUUACAUCCACUCCAAUGACGUCCCUAUCCGUUUCCAGGAAGAAACUUAUGAGAAUCAGCGCUGGAAUCCUGUGAUCGGCUUCUGUGAGAAACUCCUGCCCAGCGACCGCUGGCAGUGGAGCGACGUGAGUGGGCUGAGGCAUCAGACCCUUGAAAGCUUCGCGCUGCCGUCGCCCCACUGGGAGUGGGAGUCUGACUGGUAUGUGGAUGAAAAUUUUGGAGGGGACCCCACAGAGAAAGGGGGCUGGUCGUAUGCCAUAGAUUUCCCAGCCACCUACACCAAAGACAAGAGAUGGAAUUCCUGUGUGCGACGAAGAAGGUGGAUUCGGUACAGGAGAUACAAAUCACGUGACACGUGGGCAAAGAUUCCAUCCCGGGAAGACCCUAAGCAACUACCAGAUCCUUUCAACGAUCUCUCGGUCGGAGGAUGGGAGAUUACCGAUGAGCCCGUGGGUCGUUUAUCCAUCUGGGCCGUCUCUUUGCAAGGGAAGGUCUGGUACAGGGAAGAUGUCUGUCACCACAAUCCGGAAGGUUCUUCGUGGACCUUCAUAGCCACCCCUGGUGAAGCGGUGCAGAUCAGCUGCGGGCCGUAUGAUCUCCUCUGGGCGACCCUCUGGGAAGGGCAGGCGAUCGUGAGAGAAGGCAUUGACCGGAACAACCCUCAGGGAAUUUCUUGGACAAUCGUGGAACCUCCAGUCUCAGAGAACGGAAUCUUGCACGUGUCUGUGGGUGUCAACGUGGUAUGGGCACUUACCAAAGACAGGAAAGUCUGGUUCAGAAGAGGCGUGAACUCGCACAAUCCUUGCGGCACCAGCUGGAUCGAAAUGGUCGGCGAGAUGACGAUGGUGAACGUGGGAUUGAACGACCAGGUCUGGGGGAUCAGCUGCGAGGACCGGGAGGUUUAUUUCCGUCAGGGCGUCACGCCGAGCGAGCUGAGCGGGAAAACGUGGAAAGCGAUCGUGUGCAACCGGGACAGCGACCGAUCGCAGACCGGGAGCUCCACGAGUCUUCUCAGUGCCGGCUGCUUCUUCACGGAUGACAUCAAAGAACAAACGAACUCCAUCUUCCGGGCCGAUGGAGACCUUCCACCGGAAGUUGAGGCACCUCUGGCUCUUGCUGAUGGCCGCCUUCCUGGAGCUGCUGGUGAUGACGGUGGCCACCAGGCGGGGGCAGAUGCCGACCAGGUUCUGAAUCCGGUCGCCUCCCCUCUUGACGAAUCCGCCGCUGCACUGCCGAAAGGGUCCAAAGACGUUCCCGGAAACCCCGACUCCAAUCCGGAUUCCCGUCCUGCUGAGUUGCAGUGGACUAAUAUUGACCUGAAAGAGGCAAACAAGAUCCCUGUGACAGCCACCGGCGCCUUGACCGACACGUCCAGCUUGUCCUCCUUCGGCGCGGUGUCGGUCGGCGUCGAGGAUCACUUUGUGACCGACGACCAUCCGCUGUGGGCCUGGGUUUCUGGCGGAGGAUGCCUUGUGGAUUCACACAGCCCGCUGAAGUGGUUCACGGUGCCCUCGGCCUUAUCCUCCUCUGUGCAAUCCCUCUCUCUGUCCAUCACCCCAGCCCAGACCGCCGUCUGGCGGAAACAAAUCUUCCAGCAGCUCUCUGAAAGGACCCGCCGGGAGCUGGAGAACUUCCGACACUACGAACAGGCGGUCGAGCAGUCCGUCUGGGUCAAAACCGGCACCCUGCAGUGGUGGAGAAACUGGAAGCCGUACCGCUGGGUCGAUGUGCGGGUGGCCCUGGAGCAGUUCACAGGGAACGACGGGACGCGAGAUAGCAUUCUCUUCAUCUAUUACAUGCACUACGAAGAGAAGAAGUACAUCCACGUGUUCCUCAAUGAAGUUACCAUCCUGGUCGAGAUCCUGAACGAGGCCAAGCACUCCUUCGCCCUCUACACGCCAGAAAAAACAAAGCAGCGUUGGCCCAUCCGACUAGCAGCCGCUACCGAACAAGAAAUGCAUGACUGGCUGGCUCUGCUGAGCAUGUCAUGCUGCGAAGGCCACCAAAUCCAGGGGGCGCCCUCCCACCAGGCCAUCUGGUCGCUGACUUGCAAAGGAGACAUCUUCGUGAGCGAGCCAGGCCCUGACCUGGAGGCUGCGGCACACCCGAUGCCCUGCGACCAAAUGUUCUGGCGCCAGAUAGGUGGACAUCUCCGACUCAUUGAAUGCAACAGCCGUGGCAUCGUGUGGGGCGUGGGGUAUGACCACUCCGCCUGGGUUUACACCGGUGGAUAUGGAGGAAGCUUCUUCUCAGGACUGGCAAGCAGCAGUGAUAACAUUUACGCGCAGUCAGACGUAAAAUGUGUGUACAUUUAUGAGAAUCAGCGAUGGAAUCCCGUGACUGGAUACAGCAGCAGGGGCUUGCCCACAGAUCGGUAUAUGUGGAGUGACGCGUCUGGCUUACAGGAAUGUACAAAAGCCAAUACCAAACCCCCCUCUCCACACUGGUCUUGGGUGUCUGACUGGUACAUCGAUUUUAGCGUUUCGAGCGGCACCGAUCGGGACGGCUGGCAGUACGCGGCUGACUUUCCGGCGUCUUAUCACGGCCACAAAACAAUGAAGGACUUUGUACGUCGGAGGCGCUGGGCCAGGAAAUGUAAAAUUGUCACUAGCGGGCCGUGGCUGGAAGUCCCUCCGAUCGCCUUGUGGGAUGUUUCCAUAAUUCCUCAAUCGCCCGCUGCCGAGGACGAAUUUGUCGCUCUUUGGGCCAUCAGCGACAAGGGAGAUGUGCUCUGUAGGCUGUGUAUCACUCCGCAGAGCCCUGCUGGAACAUCCUGGCUCCACGUGGGGACGGACCAGCCCUUUAUUUCGGUCUCCAUAGGAGCAUUUCACCAAGUCUGGGCUGUCGCCCGAGAUGGCUCCGUGUUCUAUCGUGGUUCGGUAUCGCCGAAGAAACCAGAAGGUGACUGCUGGUAUCACAUUCCUUCUCCUCCGAAGCAGAAGAUAAAGCAAGUGUCAGUAGGACGAACCUCUGUGUUCGUGGUGGAUAAAAAUGGCAAUCUCUGGUAUCGUCAGGGGAUCACACCGAGCUACCCUCAAGGAUCCAGCUGGGAGCACAUUUCAAACAACGUUCGGAAAGUUUCCGUAGGACCUUUGGACCAGGUCUGGGUGAUAGCUGACAAAGUACAAGGGAGCCACAGCCUGAGUUGCGGAACCGUCUGUCAUCGGACAGGAGUUCAACCGUUGGAACCCAAAGGACUGUCCUGGGACUAUGGCAUUGGGGGAGGAUGGGAACACAUCACAGUUAGAGCAAAUGCGACUGAAAGCAUCAGGAUCGUGUCCAAGGAAACCUCAGCGGCCCCUCCCAUGGAGCACAGCGAAUUAGAAGCCGGAGAGAGCAACCCUCCUCAGAGCACCAUCUUCGUGGACGCCGCUCAGGACUUGGACAGAAAUGCCGUCCAAUGUUAAGAUCCUCCAUUCUCUCGGGAAAGGGUCACAGCAUGCGCUCUCCUUCCGUGGUCCGCCCACUCCACGCCCCCCUGCUCAUGUCAAGACACGCUGGAACCGUACCCACCUCCAAACACUUUCGACAUAUGCAAACGGAAGAGGAAGGGCGUCGCGUCUCGCGCACACCAGGAGGGCAUUCCAUCACAUGCUCCAAUAGCAUGUGGACUCUCUUCAUUUCAAUGGGUCUUUGUGGGGCGGGGGCGGGGGAACCCACAUCAAAGCCCAUUGAAACAAUUUGGGGUCUGCAUAGCCGAACAGGCCUUUGAUAGAACUGGAAUUCUGAAAGAAUUGGGAUUUUGGUAGAACUGGGAUUUUCUAUGUGAAUGUUUGGGGGGAGGUUUUUUUCUUUUUUAAGCUCCUUUAAUUUAUUCUCUUAGUAAUAUUUAUUAGGCACGGAGUUGCCGAAUCACUUCUAAUUGCACUGGAUCUGUCCUCAUCCCCGGAUCCUUAGUUAUGCAGCUGGUAUGUAAACUGAAAUGAAUGUGUAUAGAUCUCUUGGGUAUAUAUAUUUUUUUGAGUGGGUGGGGUGUGUGUUAAUGUUCUUUCCCUUCAAUUCUUCUUAUGGUAAUACUGCUAAUUUCAGCGGUGUGGGGGGGAUAGCACGUCCUGUGGGAACCGCUCUUCCUUGCAGGGGUGUCUUGCCUAAACUGAGCCCAUUAGUGAAUUCUGCAGAAGGCACCUCUUCUUUUUUCCCUCCAGUAAGGACUUUUCUAAAAUAGUAGCAAAACGACGAGGUUCCGCACUGAUGGGCCUAGGAUGAUAGCACUGGUUAGCAACUGGCUGCCCCCGUGUCAAAUCUAGCCCAGGAAAAUCACCAGCAUGUCCGUGCUUCUAGCACCACCAAUGAGCUUCCUAUUCCCCGCCUUCUCCCCUCCGGCUGGUGCUAGGGUGUGAGGAACCAGGCGGAAACCCACCAGGUGGGUGUUUCCUACAGUCCUCUGCCACCCCCGGUGACUAAAGUAGAGCAGGAAGAGAUUUGCUCCCUACCAGUCAUUGCUGAUCGCAAUCCCCGUCUCGUCUGGCCUUUUGACGUCAGCCAGAGGUCAGAACUGGUCUGUAGAAAAAUGUAAGGUGGGUUACCUUUUUUUCUUUUAUUAGAACAAAACACAUUUUUUUCAUGUAUGCUUUCGAAUAAAAGGCAAAAUGGGGAGCAGCUUAUAGCAAAAAUCUGUGUGCUACCUUCACAGCUUAAUGUUAAGCACCAGAACAACCAGGAUGGGUGGGGCGGGGGCGGUUGACCCACCCCACCAAGCCUUCUGAAGGCCCCUGGUGUCAUUUUGUCCCCGGCAGGGAGGGGGAGCAGCCCCAGGGGAUCUCCUUGUUAUUUCACAUCACGGAUUGGAGUUACGAAGGUGGACGUUCGUGGUAGGGCCUGUAGAGGAGGCCAGAACUUUGCAGGCUGGAGGGCCAGAGGUUGGCUUCCCAUGACUUUACAGUCUGCAGAUAAACUCGAGAGGUCUUGUUCUUAGUUUCCCUCUCUUUAGUCCAGCUACUCCCAGAUUGCGCUCGAAAGAAGCGAUAACGGGACCGCUUCGUCGCUGCAGGUGCAAACCCGAAGGUGUUCCCCAGAGCACCACAGACAUGAACCAGUGUGCUGCCAAAGCAUCCGUCACUAGUCAUGCUUCAUAUUAAAGGUUGAUCCUUCACGGAGCUGGGAAGCCUGCGUUACCGGCUUUAAGGGUUCUGUGGGAUUUGACAGGCCAGUCAAAAUCUUGCACCAUCAUUCAUGGUGUAGGUUCCAGCUAAGCAUAACUCCAUCCUCGUCUGGACAAUCAAAUCCAUAAAUGUUUCUGAACCAAUGGUUUGGAUCUAAAUUCCUUCUGGUAGAAGCCUUCCUGGACCACACCACUGCCAAGCCCAGAACGGGGGAUAUGCAUGUAUGUAUGAAACAGUGUGUUAGGAAAUUGCCCGUUGGAGAGAAAAGGAGGCAGAAACCCUUCUCUUGGAUAAGUUCGCUUUGUGUGAGAGGGAGUUUUUGUUGUAGAGGAAUGUUUUAAACAAGCCUGUGAUUGCCUCCUCCCGGCACGUAGGUCAUAGCAUGCACUGUUCAGCCAUGGGUCUGUCGUGCAAUAUUUUUUUAAUGUAUAAUCCGCUUGCACCUCAGUCCCGUGAAUGUUUGCUAAGCAACCCCCACUGAAUUCACUGGGAUUUUUAAUCCAAAGUGUGUCCACCUAGGAGUCCAUCCCGGUUGCAUCUCAAAUUCUAAAAACCCCAAAAGUUAAGCUCUUGCUAGGACAUUGCAGGCAGUUUGACUAACUUGCAUUUCUGGUUUUUCUUUCCCCCCUCUCAUACUGCUAUAUAUAUUUCCUUUCAUCGGUCGUCUACUACGAAAACAUUAAAAGGACUGCUUUUUCCCAUCACUGGAACCCCUAUCACAGGAAAAGUAGUAUACGUCGGAUUACACAGCUAUUGAAGCAACUUUUAAGAAAGAAACUCUGCUGGAAAUCUGAGCCUAAUGGGGUGGAUAUGGGGCAUUUCAGUUGCCAUUUAUACUGUCUAAUUAUCUUACGUAGACCAGAACGGUGGAUUUAAAGCCGCCUUACAGGGUGCAGGUCAGGAAUCUUUCAGAAGGACCCUUGGUUUGACACAGCACUGCUUUGCGGAAGGGCUGCUCCUGCCCUGCUAAAACCCUGCGAUAUUUUCAUUGAAAGUAUCAAAGAAAGGUUCCUUUUUGCAAAGGGCGACUUUUACAUUCUGUUUCUUUCCCUCCUCACCCUGCGUGAUUGUAGGUGGCCUUUUUACUAUAAACGAAAUAACAGCACGGUUUUAGAGCCAGUCUAUAUUUGGAGUCAAUGUUUGCAUGUCCUUCCAUUUUAGAGCCAAUGUCUGUAAAUGUAUUUGAUGCCAAGUAAAAACGAGUUUCACAAUCAAA